GUCUGACUGACUGUGUAGAGUAUGAACAACCACAGUUCUGGAUCGUACCACCCUCCGGCUGAACUAUUUGUGAUGCCUGUUCUGGUGGUCAUUAUCUUCAUGACGGUUGCUGGCAACCUACUGGUCAUCCUCACCAUCGCCCGCACCCUCCACCUCCAGACCACCACCAACAUCUUUGUCACCUCCCUGGCCUGUGCUGACCUUAUCAUGGGCUGCCUGGUGCAGCCGCUGGGGGCCUCCCUAGUGGUGACAGGGGACUGGCUCCUUAGCGGCACAGCCUGUGAGCUCUGGACAUCCAUGGAUGUCCUCUGUGUGACAGCCAGCAUUGAGACGCUGUGCACCAUCGCUGUGGACCGCUAUAUCGCCAUCACACGGCCUCUCAGGUACCAGUCUCUGCUGGGGAAACGUCAGGCGUGGCUCAUGGUGUGUGUGGUGUGGGGUGUGGCAGCCCUCGUCUCUAUCGUCCCAAUCAUGAGCCAGUCGUGGCGUGCUCAUAAUGACACCGGGAGCACGCAGUGCUACGAGGAGCCACACUGCUGUGACUUCAUUACCAACGUGCCCUACGCCAUCGUGUCCUCUGUUGUGUCCUUCUACGUCCCCCUGCUGAUCAUGAUCUUCAUCUACAGCAGAGUCUUCCUCAUCGCCACACGGCAGGUCAGGCUGAUGAAUGAAAACAAGCUGCGUUUCCUCAGUUGGUGUGACAUCCCCCCAUCAGAGUGGCACCUAGUCAGCCCUGGGAGUCCCAAUGGCAGGGAUGAGAGCAUCACUGGCAGGGAUGUGAGUCCCACUGGUAGUAUCACUGGCAGGGCUGGGAGCAUCACUGGCAGAGCUGGGAGCAUGAACAGGACUGGGAACACCGGCAGGGCUGGGAGCAGCUUCAUUUUUGACUCCAUACAGAGGAGAAGCCAGGGCCGCAGGCACACUCGGGUAACUGUCCUAAAUGAACACAAAGCCAUCAAGACCCUGGGGAUCAUCAUGGGGACCUUUACUCUGUGCUGGUUGCCCUUUUUUGUGUCUAACAUCAUCAAGGUGUUUGACCCAGAUAUCCCCUCCAGGGAAGUUUUUAUUCUGCUCAACUGGCUGGGCUACCUGAACUCAGGCCUCAACCCCAUCAUCUACUGCCACAGCCCAGAGUUUCGCUCAGCCUUCCGGAACCUUCUAUGUUGCCCGUGGCUCUCUAAGGUGGGGCUCAACAGAGUCUUCAAGGGGCUGUGGACUAGUGCCAUGCUGGAGGAGAGUAGAGCCCAUGCAGGCACACACAGCUGCCAGGGCCUGAGACAGAGGCAGGGGCAGAGCCAGGAUCAGGAGCAUGGACUGGGGCAGGAGGGACUGCCUCUGCCGCUAACACCCAUUCAACACAGUCCAGACGGAAUGGAUGUCACUGACACAGCGACAGUCUGAGAGAAAGUCACACCUAUAUGGUAUAUACAGAAUGAAUGCACUAGCUCUAUUUGGUUGAUUGCAUUGUUGGCUUCAUCAAAUUUACAUGAUACACAAGUGUUCAAAAAGGUUUCUUCGGCUGUCCCCAUAGGAUAACUCUUUUUUGUUCCAGGGAGAAUGCUUUUUGGUUCAACAUAGAACCCUUUUGGGUUGCAUGUAGAACCCUCUGUGGAAAGGGUCCUACAUGGAACCCAAAAGGGUUCUCCUAUGGGGAAGGCCAAAGAACCCUUUUAGGUUCCAUAUAGGACCUUUUUUUAAGAGUGUACAAUUCACACAUUUAGAGAUGAGGAAUAAGGAACAAAUGCAAAUAUAUAUACACACAGGAAUCUUUUGGUUAUCACUACGGCAACAGCUUCCAGGAACGA